AUGGCUAUCCUUUCGACACCGCUGCAAUACAUCAAAUCUGUACCACCAGUGACGCGUUUUUUUACUGCGGCUACUUUAGCUUCCUCCACAUUGUAUCUUUGGAUAAGAUGGACAACAGGCCCUACACCGGUUGCCUACUUGACAUUGGUACCUGGAACAAGCCUGUUCUUUCCUUGGACAUUUGUAACCUCAGCCCUGGUCGAAAUAAGUGUUAUUGAGGCGAGUAUUCUCAUUAUCUCGCUUCUUGUCAUUCCCGCUUCGUUAGCUUAUUUUGAGCGCCUGUGGGGGACCGUCGAAACUCUCAAGUUUAUUAUCGUAUGCGUGACCGGACCCAAUAUCAUCGGGUGUGCCUUCAACUGGAUUGAAUUCGCUGUGACGCGUAAUGCCGAGUUGUUCCUAUAUGGCAUGGAGUAUCACGGUCAAAUGGCAUUAUUUAUCAGCCUGCUUGUUUCAUUUACUCAAGUGAUCCCUGAGCACCAAGUUCAAGUUUUGGGUUUUAUCAAGGCCCGCGUCAAGAGGCUUCCUAUGGCGUACUUGACUUUUUCGACCAUAAUGACACUACUUGGCUUCCAAAGCCCAUAUAUUCUCAUUCAGUUUGGCUGGUUUGUGUCUUGGAUAUACCUCCGCUUCUAUAAGCGCAGUGUUAGCGACUCCCUAGGAGGGGUAGUGUCGUAUGGUGACCGCAGCGAAACAUUUGCUUUGACAAGCUGGUUCCCACCAUUCCUGCAUACACCGCUAUCAAUGCUAGGAAGCACAGUAUACAAACUUGCAACACGUUUCCAUCUUCUUCCUACCUCUGUGCCUCAUGACAUUGAGUCUGGAGGGUAUAGUCAGGUGCCAGGUGGAGCUCGAGCCGAAGCUGAAAGGCGGCGGUCAGUAAUUUCUUCCAUUGUCCAAUCAACUGUGUUAACUCUCACUUCCAGGGCACUUGCACUGAAGGCACUUGACCAGCGACUGGCCAACUCCUCCAGUGGUUCGCCAACUCAGAGCGGAAUAUCUCAAGCUCAGUCUUCAAGACCCUCACCUGCUGCGCCCGCACCAGCACAGAAUGAAAGAAAAUCUAGCUCUGUGGAGAUGGACGUAGCAGACACGUCAGGCUCUGAUGAUGGAAGAAGAUAGUGUACGGCCUAAUGGUCAUCUUCAGUAGCUAAUAUCCCUGGAGCGUCUUCAUUUCAUUUGUCCAACUACAUAGCAAUAGCCUCAUGGUUACGUAAUAUAUACCAAGUCUGUUGACC